GAAUGAUAACCUUGCAGUUAUAGUGACAAUACCGACUGAUAACUUGCGUAGAGGUCACCACCAGCGUCAUCGAUGAUAGUAUUUUAUUUAUUCAAACGGGGAUUUGAUCGAUGGGAAAAAAAUUUAGGCUUUUUACAAAAUUGUAUUUGAGAAUGAAAAAAUUCAAUUCCGAGAUCGCAAAAAUUAAGUAAUAGCAAAAAAAAAUAUACAGUUGACAUGGAAAUAAAAGAAUUGGGAAAAGAAAUUUUCAAUGGAAAGGUGUCCGCGUCGUAACGAAAAUUCCAUUUGUAUUCGGCCGGUGACUGUCCUAAAACGAAUCCGAUCGUGUUCGUCCCCACCACACCAUCGUAUAACCUGGUUCGGUGUUUAUGACCAUGUGCGUUGACUCGGUGUAUUGGUGGAGUCACUGACAGACUCUGACGAGGCCAACGUGAGAGGACAGACCACAUUUCUGUCCUUAUAUGGUGACAGUCGAAUAUCUCGAGUGUAUUUGUGAAAAAAUCAAUUGAAAUAAACAAACAAUGGUUCGUGUGAUAAAGCAAGAGACUUACGAUGAUGUUGUGCGCGAAAAUAUCGAGGAUUUCGCAAUGUCAGCUGAGGAAGCGAUCGAGGAUGCAAUCAAACAAUUCGAAGCACAAGGUGUAGAUCUGACCAAUAUCAUAAAAGACCUGGCUCUGACCGAUGUCGAAAACGUUACUGUAACAUGUUUGGAAAAAAUCAAAACAGCCUUGGAAAAUGAAAACUACGAGAACCUCAUUCAAGUGCUCGAAAGGCUUCAAUCCGAACUUGACAAAGACAUUGCCCGUCGAGUCUACGCAGGCAAAGAAGGAGCAUAUCAAACUCUCAUCCAACUUUUGAAGAAAAGCCUCGACGAUACAGCUCUCCUGGAAGCUACUCUGAAAACUCUCACUUCCUUGAUGACUGGCAAUCCUGAUCUUCUUGACAGCAAUGGCAUUGAAUUGCAAAUGAAAAUAUUGGAAGAACAACACGAGGUCUCGACCAUCCAUUUGCUGCUCAGCUGGAUCAAAGAAUGCUGUCUAAAGCAUGAACUGAAUCGACAGGGAAUCUUCAAUGCUGGAAUGCUGCCCAAACUCAAAAAUAUAUUGGAGCGUGACGAUGUCAGUGGAUCAGAGCUCAUAGACGCAUGUUCCAUCAUAAGAGCUCUUGUGCUCGACGACGACCUGAGACACGAGUUUGGUAAAGCUCACGAGCACGCUACUCAAAUUGCAAGGGAAACCUUGGAAAUACUCACUGGAUUGCUACCACAGUUCAAAGAGGACAAAGCAGUGGUUGGAGAUCUAAUGCUCACUUUGGCAACGUUAAUUGUUAGGAACGAAUUCUGUCAAACUGUUCAAGACGCCGGUGGACUGCAAUUCAUAAUCGAUGUGAUGAUCAAUUAUCCGGACUCGAAGAAACUCAAUUGUCAAUCUCUCAAAUUGCUCAAAGCGCUUGCUGGCAACGACGGUGUUAAAUCUGAUAUUGUCACCUCGGGAAGCGCUCCCUUGAUCGUGUCGGCGAUCAAUAGAUUUCAAGGUUGUGAAAUGAUCGUGGCUGCUGGUUUCGCGUGCAUAUCAGCAUUGACACUGAAGAGUCCAACGAACGCUGGAAUUUUUUACGACUGUGGUGCUCCUGCGGUGAUCGUUGACGCAAUGAAAAAGUAUUCAACGAGUAAAAAGGUGCUCAAGCUGGCUGCGUGGACCGUGAGAAAUAUGUCGGUAAGAAACAAAAUGGAAUCACGGGCUUUCAUUUCCUACGGGAUUGAGGGUAUUUUGAACAAUGCGCUGAAAACUUUUGGGCCCGAAUUGGAGGCUGAUUUGAAAGCUGCGCUCCGAGAUUUAGGACUGAAAGUCGAGCUCAAAGAGCAAUGGUCCGGUAAAGGCUCGAGCGUCAGAAACAAUUGAUCUCAUUUAGAAUGAAAACAGGAAAAAAAAUGAAAACGAAAAAGCUUCAACGAAACAUCGCAACAAAAAACCUCAAAUAUUUUUCGUCCGAGGAGAAAAACUCAUAAAAUUAUUGACGUGAUCGAUCGAAACGAGCCGAAAGUAUUGCCUCUGAAAAUUGACUGGGAUAGAAUAAAAAGACAUAUUAUUGCUUAAAAUAAAUAUUCGUUAUUACGUUCGCGCGACUUCAAUGCAAGAAAAAUUGGAUAAUAAUUCUUAUCAAUUUUUCUAUUUAUAUAAGACAUUUAUCAUUGUAUUACGAGCUGGCUUUUUUAUACAAUAAAUUCAUCUACGAUUA